UGUUGGUGCAGCAAAAUCGCAUAUAAAAAAUUUUCGUACAACAGAGAGUAAAGGCUACAAUGGCCGUAGCGAAACAUCGAAGUUGUUAAAAUAUUAACGUAAUUAAUUACGUUCUCGCGUUAGAAUUUUUAUUCAUUCGACGUUGAAAAAUUUCGUUGUAUGUUUACCUACCUGUCAUGAUGUUGAUACAGGUCUGUUUCUUGUAGUGUUUCAAACAAAACACCAUAAACAUCGUAUCAAAAAUGUAACUCUCAGAGUAUCUGUUUCGUAUUACAUCGAAUCGAAGAGUAUUUAUAACACACCGGGAAAAUGAGUAACGAAAGAGUCGAAUGGGUGGAAAUUAUCGAGCCCAAAACUAAAGAGCAUAUGUACGCUAAUCUGACGACUGGAGAAUGUGUUUGGGAUCCUCCAGUCGGUGUCACUGUUAAAAAAACUGAUAACAAUCAAUGGUGGGAGUUAUUCGACGAGAACACGAGUAGAUUUUAUUAUUACAACGCGACUUCUCAGAAGACCGUUUGGCACAGGCCGCACAACUCUGAUAUCAUUCCAUUGGCGAAAUUACAAACUCUGAAACAAAACACCGAACCUGUGAACGAUGCUUCGUUGGAGAAAAAAUGUAGAGAAUCGGUUUCCACUCAGACUCCGGGACGGAAUAGCAAUCGUGUGCAAACAGCGGUGGUCACGUCGACGCGUCCGAUUAGAACGCUGGAUGGUAACGAAAACACGAGCAUAUUAAUAAAACCGUCGAUUCCGCGUCAGGCGGUAGUCAAUUGCGAAACGCAAACUUCUCCGAUAUCUCCGCGUAAAAAUCAUCAUCAUCAUCACCAUCAUCACCACCACCAUCAUCAUAGGCAUAAUCAACAACAACAACAACCACAACCGCCUCCUCAGCAGCAGCUACAACAGCAGCAGCCACCGGCACCUAAUCAGGCAACUACUCCCCCUCGUAAAAUUAAUCAAAAUCCUUGGUAUAGGAAUGCUCAGUCUCAGGAUUCGGGUCGAUCGAGUGAUUCGAGCUCUUUAUCUCUUCAAUCUGGUUGUGUUAAAUCAGUAGAUAAUGCCAACGCAUCGAUGCAUUUAGCAAAUACUAACGCUGCGAAGAAGGCACCCCUCAGUGAAGUCAACAGUAUGCCUCCUUCCGGCCAAAUUAAACCUCCUCAGAUUCAAAGGAGUGUUUCUAGUGCUGGCCAACACCUUAAUAAACAGAAGAGCUUCGAUGUUGAUAUAAGCGUAGGAGGAGGUUACAGUUUGGGCUACGAAAGUCGCGGUAGCUGCGCUCGAAGCACGCCUAAAAUCAUGUCUAGCAGCUUGAACACCACUAACAACCAAGUAACCCGCAGUCAGAGCUUCGCUCAGCAACGUUCGCCGGCUCCAUCAGGGCCCAUAAACUCGUCGCCGUCUGCGGUUACAGACAACGAAGAAGAAGACUCGAUGCACGAAAAAUACUUCUCUCCAAAUAUACUCGGUAUUCACGGUAGUAAAAAAUCUAUGGAAAGUACUCCUCUGACAAACAGACGUAAACACCAUUCGGAAACUAGUUCGCCUACGGUGAGCAGCAGCGCGAGUAGCAUCAAAGCGAGUACACCGGAUUACGUGAACUUUGUCAAUCCCCCGUUACCUCCGACGGGUACUCAGACAGCGUUCUCGCUUACUUCUCGUUCCUCGUCGUCUAAUUCGUCGACCUUGGCUUCGUUCGCGAAACACCAGUUACCCCUGUUGAAGUCCAAAUCCGAAGCUAAAUUCUCAAGCAGCGAAGAUGUCCACGACGAGGACGCGAACAGUUCCAGCGUCAGUGCCUCCAGCAGUCCUCCUACAGCUGCUACUCCGCCUCGUAAACUGUAUCACUCCAAAUCCACAACUUUACCGACGGAUAAUAACCUAGAUGAACCUAAAGCGCGUUCGGUUUCUAACCAUUCUGGUGGAUCUAAUCCGCGUUACGGUGGUAGUAAUAACAGUAUUAAUCAAUCCUCGAUUCCGGAACGUAAAACCGCAACACCGAAUACGGAUAGUACGAAAAUGCCUCUUUACAGCAACAUCGAAUACUCAUUUUUACAAAACAACGCUCAGAUGUUACCGCUCCAUCAGUAUAUUCUGGAACAAGCCAAACUCUCAGGUUGUUACAAGUUCAGCGAUAGCGUUACAGAAGAAGGAGAUUGGUCGUUGCAGUCGGAAGACGAGGAGCAGCUGAGAGUGGAGUACGAUAGCGACGAGUUCGCCGACGAGUCGAAUGUAGACGACGAAGAUAGCAGCUCGCAGGAGUAUCUGCAUGACGAAAAUCCUCCUCCGUUUUUACCGGACGAGUUUCGUAAUAGUUCCAGACAGAAGAAGUAUACGACUGAUACAAUUUGCUCGGUAGACGGUAGAGUUUGCGAUUACGUCGUCGAUGGAUUGGAAUCGCGUAUGGCUGCUGCAUCCGGUCACUGUUACGCUACCCCUAGCGGCGACAGUCUCCGUCACGGACUCGGUGGAGGAUCGAAUACUUUAGGAAAUCAUCAACAGUCUUCCGCUAUAAUACACAGACCUAAUAAUCUAGUCUCUACUGUUUGCUCUGUUCAAAGCGGCCGAAGUACGUCGCCGAAUACGGCAGCUCCGCUGCUGCUCGAAACGCAACAUACGUCGCUGAAACGUCGUAAAGAUCCGCCGCAAAAUAUUACACCAGCGUUGUAUUCGCCUAUCCUAGAACGACACGAGCGUCUAGUCAAUACCGCUAGUCAGAAUAUGUAUUUCUACCGAAAAGAUUUUACUCGCAGAUCCGAUCAUGCGAUUACGUAUCGAGAAGACAUGGGACGUGCUACGUUGAAUCACGAUAAAAAACUACCGUCGGAUAGCGAUAUCGAGAAAUACGCGCAGGAUAAUUUGAAUAUUCAUAAAAAAGGAAUCUUCAGGAAGAAGUCGUCGGUUCGAGCUAUGCUUUCUUGGUCUAAGGAUCCUAUUAGAAAACCAAUGCUAGUCUUGUCGGAUAAAUCGUUAAAGAAAGACGCUUGCGAUUUAUUCAAAUUGGUUCAAAUCUAUAUGGGAGAUCGUAAGGCUAAGAUCGGUAUGACUUUGAAUAACGUGGCGUUGGAAAUAUGCAAUAUGGCCUAUAACAAGGUGCCUAUACGGGAUGAAUUAUAUAUUCAGAUAUGUCGACAAACGACCGAGAAUCCGAGAAAGGAAGGCUUAAGACGAGGUUGGGAACUGAUGGCAAUCUGUUUAAAUUUCUUUCCACCGUCUCCCAAGUUCCAGGUUUAUUUGGAUAGCUACAUGAACAGACAUAGAGAUCCAUCUUACGACUUUGCCGAAGUUGGAAAAUGGCCUAUACACGUUCAAGUGAGUCAUUACGCCACCGUCUCCGUUAAAAGACUCGAAAGAGGAGGAGUCAAUGGUAAAAGGCCGCCGAAAAAGCCUACCUUGGAUGAGAUCGAUCAAGCCAGGAUUCAAAUAUUUCGUCCUAGCAUGUUCGGCAGCACAUUGGAAGAGAUAAUGAACUUGCAGAAAGAACGCUUCCCUCAUUAUAGACUUCCAUGGCUGCAGACUACGCUUUCCGAGCAAAUACUUCGCCUACAAGGAACGCAGACUGAAGGAAUAUUUAGAGUUCCCGCUGAUAUGGACGAAGUAAUGUCGUUGAAGAAUCAACUCGACAGGUGGGAAGUGCCGGACGACAUAACUGAUGCGCACACUCCGGCAUCUCUGCUAAAAUUAUGGUACAGAGAGCUUUACGAGCCUUUGAUACCUGACUCGAUGUACGAUCAAUGUGUCACAUAUCACGACGAUCCUCAGCGUAUUUUAGCCUUAAUCGAACAAUUACCGGAGAUCAACAAAUUAGUUUUAGCGUAUUUAGUCAACUUUUUGCAAAUGUUUUCCAAACCGGAUAUCGUACAAGUUACGAAGAUGGACGCCAGUAAUCUGGCCAUGGUGAUGGCUCCUAAUUGUUUGCGAUGUACUUCGCAAGAUCCCAGAGUUAUAUUCGAUAACGCCAGAAAAGAAAUGGCGUUGAUGAGGACGCUAAUUACACACAUGGAUACGAGAUUUAUCGAAGGAAUUUUCUAAUUUAAUAAGAAACAAAUAAACGAAUAACAAAACAUACUUAUGUAGUUUAUAAGAUGCUGCUGAAUAAAACUAUACCAAAGUUUUUUUUUAUAUAUUUAUACAUCUUAAGGAUAGUAGAGUUUUUAAUUUUUGCUUCUUUUUUUUCUUUUUUUUUCGUUUUAUUUUUUUAAACGACCUUUUUCUCUUUUUUUUUUAGUUAACUUAAUUUAGGAUUACGUUACCAUAACCCAUUUCUGCCAAUUAUUAAGACAUUUGUUGAUUGAUUUUUUUCAAGAGUGAAGCUUUUAUACUAUGUAUGUCAUGUCAUUUUAAAACUAAAACUUGUACGUUAUUGACUAGCUUUACAACGUAUUUUUUAUAAUAGAAAGAGGUUUUUCUUUUUUUAGCUUCGUUGUGGUCGAUUGCAUUUUUUUGAUUUUAUUUUUUUUCCUGAUUUUUUUUAUUUAUCACUGUAGAAACAAACGCUGUCAUGUCAUCAAUGUGUAUUCAAAUACGUAAUAAUUAUGUAUCUAUAUCUAUAACUACUGAUUUCGAGUAAGGAUUUGUAUUACCAUGAAAUAAAAGAUAAUUUGUAAA